GGCCAAUCUGCGAGGAGAGUACGUCUAAAGAUCUCCCCGCACCACCUCCUCUUCUCCCUCUCUCCUCUGUCUCUCUCUCUCUCUCUCACUCUGCCAAAACUACCACCUCUCAAUAAUUCAAAAUCAACAGAACCUGGAUUUGUAAGAUAAUAUAUUUGUGAUUCUGCAGACAAACUGCUCAUUAAUCACCCACAAUUUAGUCCUACACACACCUCCAGACUCUAUCUUCCAGAUAUAAACCAGAAUAUUUUGUAUUUGUUCCACUUCUGAUUCUAGACCUGUUGUUGCAAGGCAUGAGAUUGGAGGGUUAUUACAGUGUGCCCAAAUUUUGAAGUCUAUCUAACACUGUUUUCUAAUUUUGGGGAAGAGGUUGAGAACAAACACAUACUACUGAAACUCAGUUUGAGUCCUGAUAUAGAAGAGGUUGUGAUGAUCUGUAUUUGAAGCUUUGGACGCAAUGGCCCCUUGAUUCUAUGUUUUGUAAUUGAUAAUUUAUCGAUCCUGGGAGUGAUAACUCUGCAUGGGAUGUUGAAUUAUCGGAUUUUGAUUCUUGCUUGCUAGCAGCUAGAGUAUUAGCUUGUUGGCUCGGCUCUGGCCUGUUCUCCUUGCUUUUGCAAGGCAAUAUUUAUCCAUGGCUAGUUCAUCUGUGAGUUGGAUUGAUGGUCUUCAAUUCUCCUCACUCUUCAGGCCUCCCCCACAAGAUGCCCUGCUACGAAAGGCUGAAAUCACUGCCUAUGUAGAGUACUUUGGCCAGUUCACAUCAGAAAGAUUUCCUGAGGAUAUUGCUCAGCUGAUCCGCAAUCAUUACCCAUCAAAGGAAAAUCGUCUUUUUGACGACGUUUUGGCAACAUUUGUCCUUCAUCAUCCAGAGCAUGGACAUGCUGUUGUUCUUCCGAUUAUAUCAUGUAUUAUUGAUGGCACACUGGUGUAUGAUCGGAGUGGUCAUCCGUUUGCUACUUUCAUUUCCUUAGUUUGCCCUAGCAGUGAGAAUGAAUAUUCAGAACAGUGGGCUCUGGCAUGUGGGGAGAUUUUAAGAAUUUUAACUCACUACAAUCGCCCAAUAUACAAGAUGGAGCAACAGAAUAGUGAAACAGAUAGAAGCAAUAGCGGCAAGCAUGCUACAACAAGUGAAUCUGUUGAUGGGGAAUCUUCUAAUAUAACUAUGGUACACCAGGAGAGGAAACCUUUAAGACCUUUAUCUCCAUGGAUUACAGAUAUUUUGCUUGCUGCACCUCUUGGUAUCAGAAGUGAUUACUUCCGCUGGUGUAGUGGUGUUAUGGGUAGAUAUGCAGCUGGGGAACUCAAACCGCCUACAACAGCAUCUUCUCGUGGAUCUGGAAAGCAUCCUCAACUAAUUCCAUCAACUCCAAGGUGGGCUGUCGCUAAUGGUGCUGGAGUUAUAUUAAGUGUGUGUGAUGAUGAAGUUGCUCGCAACGAGACUGCUACUUUAACUGCUGCUGCUGUUCCUGCUCUUCUUCUUCCUCCCCCAACUACUGCUUUGGAUGAGCAUCUAGUUGCUGGGUUACCAGCUCUUGAGCCAUAUGCACGUUUAUUUCAUAGGUACUAUGCGUUUGCCACUCCUAGUGCGACCCAAAGACUUCUUCUUGGACUUCUAGAAGCACCACCAUCAUGGGCUCCAGAUGCACUUGAUGCUGCUGUACAGCUUGUUGAACUCCUUCGGGCUGCUGAAGAUUAUGCAUCCGGCAUAAGGCUCCCAAGGAACUGGAUGCACUUGCAUUUCUUGCGCGCAAUUGGAACUGCCAUGUCCAUGAGAGCAGGUAUAGCUGCUGAUGCUGCAGCGGCUUUGCUUUUUCGUGUACUUUCGCAGCCUGCUUUGCUUUUUCCUCCUCUCAGACAAGUUGAGGGAGUUGAAGUACAACAAGAACUGUUGGGCAGCUACGUUUCCUGCUACCGGAAACAGAUAGAAAUGCCUGCAGCUGAAGCAAGUAUUGAAGCCACUGCCCAAGGGAUUGCCUCGAUGCUUUGUGCUCAUGGUCCUGAGGUUGAAUGGAGGAUCUGUACCAUAUGGGAAGCAGCUUAUGGCCUGAUUCCUUUAAGUUCCUCAGCUGUUGAUCUUCCUGAAAUCAUAGUUGCAACUCCUUUGCAGCCUCCUAUAUUAUCGUGGAACCUCUACAUACCUCUACUUAAGGUGCUAGAAUAUCUUCCUCGUGGAAGUCCAUCUGAAGCAUGUCUCAUGAAGAUAUUUGUUUCUACUGUUGAAGCAAUUCUUCAGAGAACUUUCCCACCUGAUUCUUCCAAAGAACAAAGCAAGAAAUCAAGAUACUUUACUGGCAUAGGAUCUGCCUCCAAAAACCUUGCUGUUACAGAGCUCCGUACAAUGGUCCAUUCACUCUUUCUGGAAUCAUGUGCCUCUGUAGAGCUUGCAUCACGCCUGCUCUUUGUUGUGUUAACUGUAUGUGUUAGUCAUGAUGCUCAAUUCAGUAAGAGCAAAAGACCAAGUGGUGAACAACCUUAUCCAUUGGAUGAGAGCACUGGGGACCUGCGAGCAACAACUAAAAAGCAGAGUGACAUGAAAUUUAGAAAGACAAAGAAACAAGGGCCUGUGGCAGCAUUCGACUCUUAUGUUUUUGCUGCUGUCUGUGCUCUUGCUUGUGAGCUGCAGUUGUACCCCCUUAUUUCAAGGGGGAGUACUCAUUCUAGUUCUAAAGAUGUUCAGGAUGUAGCCAAGCCUGCAAAAAUGAAUGGAUCUAUUAACGAGUUUCAAAAGAGUAUUGAUUCAGCAGUUCAUCAUACUCACAGAAUUUUAGCAAUUUUGGAGGCACUUUUUUCAUUGAAGCCAUCUUCUAUAGGCACAUCAUGGAGCUACAGUUCAAAUGAGAUAGUUGCUGCUGCUAUGGUUGCUGCUCAUAUUUCUGAACUGUUUAGACGGUCAAAAGCUUGUAUGCAUGCACUCUCUGUCUUGAUGCAGUGCAAGUGGGAUACUGAAAUUUACUCCAGGGCAUCAUCGUUGUAUAAUCUAAUUGAUAUUCAUGGCAAAGCUGUUGCAUUAAUUGUUGACAAAGCUGAGCCAUUAGAAGCAACGCAUGCAUCAUUUUGGAAGGAUCCUCUUGUGAAUUUCGAUGGCCAAACGGAUCAUCAAAUGGCGGAUACUAGCUGCUUUGAUUCAGCGCAGUCAUCUACUCGAGAAUACAAAGAUUCAGUCCAUUCAGAAAUCAAAGUCAAACGUGAGAGAGCAUCGCUUUCAGAUGAAGGGUCUGGAUGUAACUUGGUUAAUGGGAUUACUGGUUUUCCACUAGAUGCUUCAGAUUUAGCCACUUUCCUUACAAAGGACAGGCAUAUAGGACUAAGUUGCAGUGCAAAAGUUCUCCUGAGAUCAGUUCUUGCAGAGAAACAAGAGUUGUGUUUCUCUGUAGUUUCACUGCUAUGGUACAAGUUGGUUGCUGCACCUGAAACUCAGCCUAGUGCAGAAAGCACUUCUGCCCAACAAGGAUGGAGACAGGUAGUCGAUGCACUAUGCAAUGUUGUUUCAGCAUUCCCAACAAAAGCGGCUACAGCAGUUGUGCUUCAGGCGGAGAGGGAAUUACAGCCUUGGAUUGCCAAAGAUGAUGACCAAGGUCAGAAGAUGUGGAGAAUCAACCAGCGGAUAGUAAAACUGAUUGUGGAGCUAAUGAGAAACCAUGAUAGGCCAGAAUCCUUGGUAAUUGUGGCUGGUUCUUCAGACCUACUUCUACGUGCUACUGAUGGAAUGCUGGUUGACAGAGAAGCGUGCACUUUACCACAGCUGGAGCUACUAGAAGCGACUGCUAGAGCAGUUCAGCCUGUGCUGGAUUGGGGAGAAUCUGGAUUGGCAGUUGCAGAUGGGCUUUCAAACCUGUUAAAGUGUCGACUACCGGCUACCAUUCGAUGCCUUUCUCAUCCAAGUGCUCAUGUCCGUGCUCUAAGCACGUCAGUUCUUCGUGAUAUCUUGCAUACUGGUUCAAUCAAAUAUAAUCCUAAACAAAGGGUCAAAAAUGGCAGCCAUGGCCCCUCCUAUCAAUACUUCAAUAUGGAUAUCAUUGAUUGGAAAUCUGAUAUUGAAAAGUGCUUGACGUGGGAAGCUCACAGACGACUCGCUACUGGAAUGGCCAUACAAUUUCUCGAUACCGCUGCGAAGGAAUUAGGCUGCACCAUUUGCAGAUGACAUCAAUUUCCAAGAGAACCAUUUUAGUAAUUAUCAGACACUUGGAUUUUGUUCAUGAAGAUUGCAGUGGAUAUAUGAUAAAGGAAGAUACACCAAGGAAAAGAGAAGAACAAAUGCACCAUAAAACUGGCGAUUGUAUAUAGUAAGUAUGAAGUUGUUGUCGCUGGUAUAUGCUAAUAUUAGACAUCAGGUUGCUAUGAUGUAAUUUAAAUCCUCUUUACUUUUAUGGGUAACCUGAAUCAAGGUCGAAUGGGUUGUACUCUUUGUGCGCUACAUUCCUUACUAUUUUUUGACUCAAUUUUGUUGCCAUGUCUCUUUUUUGUUAAUAGUUGGAAAUUACUUCAAUUUUUUUUUCCCUUUCUGGGAACCAUCUCCAGCUUAGUUGGUAAUGCAUUCCCAUCUACCUAGACGUUAGGUCUAGGGUUCGAUCCCCUCCCCAUUCAAUGUAUUAGAAGAAACCAAUUUUUUUUUUCCCCCUUAA